AAGGAGUUUGACGGACACGUGACACUGUCUCCGCGGGAGCUGCGGGCCGCGUUGGGGGUUGUGUGUGUGCCGCGUGGUCAUGUUUCUCCAGUAUUACCUCAACGAGCAGGGAGACCGGGUCUAUACGCUUAAGAAGUUUGACCCUAUGGGACAGCAGACCUGUUCAGCGCAUCCCGCUCGCUUCUCCCCUGAUGACAAGUACUCCCGUCACCGAAUCACCGUCAAGAAACGCUUCAAGGUGCUGAUGACCCAGCAGCCGCGCCCUGUGCUCUGAGGUCCCUUACUUAGCUCUCGUGUCUCUCCUGCUACCCCUCAGGGACUUUCCGAAACCAGAGGCUCUUCAAACUGGGAGCCGUGAAGGCUUCUCAGCACCCUUGCGCUUGGGAAUCCGGUGUCCUCGUUGCCUUCGAGCCUGCUCCUGUGAAGCAGUCAUGGUAGCAUCCCUCUGAAGGGAACUAAUUAGAAUCGUUUCACAUUUUGGAUCAGAUCGAGGUUAUUAAAAUGAUUUGAACGAG